AUGCAGCACUGGUACACCAAAGCAAUUUCCGUUGAGGAACCAUGGCUUACUGCGUUUCCUGUUGAUCCAGGGUGGGUACAGACCGACCUUGGAAAUCGUGGAGCAGAAGAGUUUGGUUUGGAGAAGGCCGCUAUCACGAUUGAUGAGAGUGUACAAGGAUUAUUGAAGCUGAUUGAUACCUCCACUCUGAAGACUCACAGCGGGAAGAUGUGGCUGUAUGAUGGGAGAGAGGAACCUUGGUGA